AGAGAUGCCGCUGUUUGCCUACAUCUCCACCAAACGAGUUUUAACGUCACGGGGCUUUUUGUCCUUUCUAGCGAUCUGUACAAAAAGACCACAGAACUGCAGCGUGUCGUUGUUUUGAUCUGGUAAAAAAAUUGUUAUACAUCUUAAGCUCGGCAUUAUGAAGCCUACAUCUCGUAGCCGGAACAUACCGUCUCGUUUUUUAGAAAUAAAGAAGAUUGAACCAAUAAGCAGAUUUCGCCCUGCGUGCCAGCGGCUGGAAGAGCGGAGUCUUCUGCGUGCCCUGAAACAACAGCAGAGGUUAAAUACAGAAUUGGAUUUUUUAGCACUUCGGAAGAAAGUUCCCAAAUGGUCUCUGCUUCAGAUACAGAAUUUUCUAAAGUUUUUGAAGCAGUGUGUGGUGAAGCGGGUGUAUCGCCAGGUCCAAAGACAGAGACGUCAGGAACAAAAAAACAAAGUACCAAUUGAACUAUGGGCAGAACAAGCACAGAAAAUUGCUGGUGUUCAUGUGGAAACAAUAUCUUCUGCCUUCUCUCAAAUGUUGGUAAUUGCUGCCACAGAGCCCUGCAGCCUCCAGCACUCAGAUCCUCCACGUACCACUGACUCUCAAUGUCCUUUGACCAGAGGCUUGCGCACUAUACCGCGGAGGCCGAUGCCUAAAUCCUACACCGGCUCGCCUUCUCCAGUGAUAAUUCCACCUAAACAAGCCUGUAAAACCCCCCAGUCACAUGGAAAAGAUGCAGCUUCCAAUCCUUCUGCCAAAACCACCACAGUAGCAUCUCAAUCUGCUGUUGCUGAAGAAGAGCAAAGUGAGUUAAAGGAAAAAAGGAAGGCAAAAAAAGGCCCUGCCAUGUCAUCCACAUCAGCCACCCCUAAAUCACUCGUGAGUCAACCUGUCUCAAAACCAACACGACCAGUGUCUGCUUCACGUGCUGUACCCUCAUUCACAUCAGGCUCUGUUCAGCCAGAUAAGCAACCUGAUACUAGACAGUCUGAGCAAGCCUGGAAACACAGACCAAUGGGGAUGAAGAGUGUAGUGGAUUUUGGAAAGAUGUACAAAUUUAUUAGCAAUAUCAUUUUCAGUAAACAUACUGAGCCUCUUACUUCUAUGGAAAGCGCAGUGCUUUUGGACCUGUUGAUGUCUUUGCCUGAAGAGCUUCCCUUGAUGGACUGUAAGGAGCUGCAGAAUCAUUUGCUUCAAGUGCAUGCACAUCUGAACACACCUGCAGUGAGGCUCAGCUCAGAGAAGGGACCUGCAGUGGAUACAUCUUCAACUAGAGAAACAGUACCACAAACCUCCAGAACUGAUCAUCAUGUUAAAGGACCUGAUGUCUCUUUGCAAACAAGGGAAGAGAUCGUUCAAAAUGGAGCAGUAACUGAGCAACUGAAGGCCACAGAAUCACAAUUAGCUGCUGGAGAUUUUGCAAGAGAGUCAUCUGCAGUAAAGCUCUUAAAAGUCACAGGUGAUUGGGCCACAGCUAGCCAAUGUCCACUAAAUCCAUUCAUGGUGCCAGUAGCCCUUCUGAAACGGAUGUAAUCCAAGGAACAUGCAAAAGCAGCUCUGGUUUAUUUUAAAACUGUUGAGAAUAACUGGUUUAAAAUUAAUGUAUAUCUUUUCGGAAAUAACAUACAACCUUCCUUUUUUCAACGUACCGUGCAUAUGAUGACAUUAGUGAAAUAAACUUACAGACUUUAGCGAA